UAUUCUAAUUUAACAAUAAUGAUAAUGAUAAUGAUCUAUUUUUUGCAUUAAAUCAUGAUCGAAGUAUACGGCUUUUUUGAUAGCGAUAACGAUUUAACUAAAACAAGCUUUUCUGUAUUCGUCGCCAUUUUAUAUAUCAAGGUUUUAUAUAUUUUAGUGAUGACUUUAUAUGCACUGUCAAGAUACAAUGAAAUUUUGUCUUAAUACUGCGUUUUAAUUAGUUAUGUUUUAUAUUAAAGAGAAUUUGGCAAAAAAUUCACCAUGGAUUCUGUCCCAUUGGAAAGACGAAAAAGUCGUUUCGAUACCCACAAAUACUUUGAAAGACAUAAGGAAUUAUCACAUUGUGGGUAUAGAUUUCUUAUAUCACAAUUACAGGAAACAAUUUAAAGGUGCUAUUCUAAAUGAAGAAGAGGGCAUGAAUAUGCAAUUGCAAGUGGCAGUGUUUUUAAAUGCAAUGCUCAAUUAUGUAGAACCUAAAUUUCUUGUUUUAAUUAUAACUCCGGAUCAUUAUAUUGUAAAUUGGCACUACCAUUUAACAAUACAUGGAGGCCUCAGAGUUCAAAUAAUCACCCCUAAAACUUGCCCAGAAGAUUUCGAUGACGAACAUGGUCUAGCAUUGUUAUUGUCUUUCUCUAACUUGAAGUUGAUGGAAUACCUAAUUGAUUAUGAUUUCUUCUCUGUUGUUAUUGACGAUUUUAAUGAAAUAGCCUCUAAGCUCAUUAUUAAAAAGCUUCAUGGAUAUUUCAACAUAGGGUUAACCAACAGAAAUUUCUACACCGAUCCAGAUCAGAAGUUGCAGUGGACAAUGCUCAAUUGGUCCAAUCCAGGCUGUGUGGGCAAACUGGGAGAUUUCUAUGAGAUCGAUAAUGAUAAUUUUGCUAACUUCCGUGACAACUACAGACAUUGGUGGUUUAGGUUGACCUGGAACUUUUGUGAAUCAUUUAAGAAAAUGACAAAUGAAGAAAGACAGGAAUAUGCAAAAACUUUAUCUAAAUGGGCUCUCUCGAAUAAUUUAAAAAAUUCCACCAACGUUAAACCAGAAAAGUCAACGAGAAAACGUAAACAAAUCGAAAUUAUUAAUGAUGAUAAGCCAAGCGAUACCACUCAAAAAGAGAAAGCAAAAAAAAAGUCUGAUUCAGUUAAUAAAAACUCUGAAAAUCAGGGAGAGAUGUUGGAAGAAAUUAAAGAAGAAAACCAGACAUUUGAAGAGAAAAAAAAAGAUCAAUCAAAAAAUUCAACAGAAACAAACAGCCAAAGUUCUCAAGGCACAAUCAUAGACGAAGUACCUGAGUUGGAAAGGGAAAGGGACCCUAAUUACGUAGAAUUGCCCAGUAUGGAUGAAAACCCAAUCCUGAAUUCUAUUAUCAGAAAUUUAGAAAAGUCCCCAGAGCCGAUUCUGACACAACACUCAACGUUUACAUAUACUCCAAUCAAAUACAACAUAGACGAACCAACUUGCUCAAAAGCUUUCGAAGAAGAGGAUGUUCUUCUGUCAAUAAUCAACGAUAAAGCACCUAUUAAUUGUGCUCUAGAUGAGGAAGCGGCUUUCAGCUUGCAGAAAGAGGAACUUCGUUCACAGAUUUUUAGUGACGAACCAUGCACAUCUAAAAGUUUCAGUCAGGAGAACGAUACACAGUUUUUUCAGUCGUUGAUCGAUUCUGAUGUCCCUAUCAAGGCCAGGGUUAGUGAAAGUGAGUCGAGGCUAAAUAGACAUGAUGAUAUAGAGACUAUUUUAAGAGAGACGGAGGUGCUAUUGAAACAGUGAACUAAACAUUUGUUUCUUGCGAUGAGGUCAAUGCUUUAUUGCAAAAAAAGGAACUGAUUUGGGAUUUUCUUUAAAUUUAUUACAGAGAAUCACAAAAUACAGGAUGUUAUUACGUAUGUCGACAAACUUUCAGAUAAGAUUCUUUGUAUGAUUUAAAUUUAAACUUAGGCUAAGGAUUUAUCUGAUUUAAAGUAAAUAUCCAUCGAGUUUUGAUAUAAAUACAUGUACCAGUGGCGGAUAGAUGGGGAGUCGUUCUCAUUGAAAACUAGAAAUUUGUCACCACUGGAUAUUUUGAAAAUUUUAUCACUGACUCCUCGUGAUGUUUUCAGCAAAAAAUUGAUUUUAACUUUAUUCAAAAAAUGAAUCAUUUUCAGUUUAUUACUUUUUAAAAUUUUCAGGUUUGCA